AUGACUCCCUUUUGUACACGGUCGCCCAGAGCAGCGCAAGUCGGAGGAGUACACCGUCGUGUUCAAUCCCAUCACAUCAGUAUGCUUGCCGACCAUUUACAGGCAGGGAAGCCACUAAGCCAUAACGAUGUCCCCGACAUGUUCCGUCGCUCGGUUAAAGACAACAAGCGCCAAUGGGAAGAAAAGGAACAAAGAGAGCGUAUGAAAACUCAGGGCCGUAAAUGA